AAAGCAGCUGCUAGCUACCUGACGACACGAGUGCAGCUCCCACACAAACAUAUCUCUGCAUUUCGAUCAUGGUGAGGUCACUGAAGCUGACGGAGAUCUCCAAGAAGUGGCACGGUGGCAGUGGCACCAAGAUCUCCUCCCCGACUGCGGCAGCGUGCCCGCGGGGCCACUUCGCCGCCUACACCCGGGACGGGCACCGGUUCUUCAUCCCCAUCGCCUACCUCGGCAGCGACACCUUCCGGGAGCUCCUCAACAUGGCCGAGGAGGAGUUCGGCGCCCCCGGCGGCCGCCCCAUCGUGCUUCCGUGCUCCGCCGACCGCCUCGAGCAGAUCCUCGACGCCUUCCGCGGCUCAAAGAAGACGUGCGCCGGCGUCGGCAGAAUCAGCAAGAUCUGGUAGUAGCAUGCAUGCAGCCCGCCGCCGUCUGGUGGUUGAUCGAUUGAUUAGCCUGUAACAAUAGGUUUGGUUGAUUCUUUGGCGCUGAAAUGUUGAUUAAUCUAGGCAUUACGCAUGACCGAUCUCUUGAUUUUUUUUAUUUUUACCUUUUUUGCUGCUCUCCUGGUGAUGCUGAGUGCACAUGCCUAAGCAAUGCGCAUGUUUUCAGGAGAGCGGUUGUGGUUGCCACUGUGGCCAACUUGCCAUGAUGUAACAUCUCCCUAGCUUCCCUUGCUACUUUUUUUUCUCUUUCUUUGAAUUCAUUUUUCUUUGUGACUAGUCUAUCAAGCUAGUCUGUGUUGUACGUGAUUAUUUUUUGGUUAAGCUGUGUCAGGAAUCAUGAGGCGUU